AUGCAACCAACUCUCUCUCUCUCUCUCUCUCUCUCUCUCUCUCUUAUAUAUCCAUCUUCUUCUUCUUCUUCUUCUUCUUCUUCUUCUUCUUCUUCUUCUUCUUCUUCAGUGCAUCUACCGCCACCUUUUUCUUAUUCUUCCUCCUUUCUUCUUGUACUUCUUUAUCACAGCUUUCUCUUCCUACUUCUUCUUCGUCAUCUUCACCGUCUCGUCCUCCUCCUUCUUCUUCAUCAUCUUUUUGACCGCCUUCUUCACGACCUCCUUUUAAUCCUCUUCUUCCUCAUUGGCUCGUCUUCUUCACCGCCUCCUCCUCUUUCUUCUUCUUUUUCUUCUUCUUCAUCACCGCCUCCUCCUACAUCUUCUUUUUCACUGCAUCAUUCUUCGUCACCACUUCCUCCUCCACCACCUUCUUCUUCUUCAUUGUCUCCUCCCCUUCUCCUUCGUCUUAUUCUUUUUCACCGCCUCAUCUUUCUUAUUAUUAUUUACUACCUCCUUCAUUUUCUUCUUCUUCAUCGUUUCCUUCUUCUUCUUCUUCUUCUUCUUCAGCGGCUCCUUCUCCGUCUUUUUCUUCUUCACUGCCUAGUCCUUCUUAUAUUUCGUCACCGUCUUCUUCUUCUUUAUUACGCCCUCCUCCUCCUCCUCCUUUUCGCCACCGCCUCCUCCUUCUUUUUCUUCUUCUUCGUCGCCUCCUUCUCCUUCGUCGCCUCCUUCUCCUUCUUCUUCUUCACUCACCCUCUUCCUCUAUUAUCCACUAGUAGUUUCUCAUCAUACCGUUAUUUUUCUAUUAUUUAUAACUCUUUUUCUCUGCAUUAA